AUGAUUCCCCACACAGAGCCACGACCUACGUCUUCGAUCAACACUACACCCCCAGAACUUCUCUUUCGUAUAUUUGAUUUUCUGCUCCACGCAAGGGAUCCAGAUGAACCGACGGCUGCUCGCGUUGAUGACAUCCGCUCUAUCCGCUUGACGUGCCGACGUUUCUGCCAAUGGGCCUCACCGCUGCUUAUCCCCGAAAUAAGUGUCUAUAUGACCGAGACGUCCCUAGAGCGCUUGGAGAGUGUUUCUCAUCACCAAUUAAUCAGAUCUGGGGUGCGCAGCGUUCACAUCAAGCUCCCAUACUACGAUCAACGCAUGGCAGCCGACCUCACCCACUUCGCCUAUUCUCACAUGGAAGAUGUGAUCCCGGGCGAUCUGCACGAGAGGCUGUCCUAUAACGUGCCCGAUUGGGUCAAUUACGAAGUACUUGAGUUGGGCAAGAAUAUGAUUUCUGCUUGGAAGUCAAUUUAUGCCGCAGAUCCAGAAGACCCGCAGCGGGACUCGGAUGAACACAUCAAGUAUCGGAAAAUCCUAACAGAUACCCAUCGUGAGUAUCAGCUUUUGUUUGAAGCGCAACAGCAAAUGCGAGAGAACGGGGCCUUCGUCUCCACUAUUGCAUCCGCCAUGGCGAGAAUGCCUCAUACCAAUAGGUUAGAAAUCACUGAUGGCGAAGAUGCCACUUUCAAGAAAGAUGCCUACCUUGUCGACCGAGACUACCGCAUAUCUCUAGGAGCAGUCAUGUUGAGACCUCAUACCUGGUCAGACGCUUCAGAUCUCUACCCCGACCCUGAUUUCGAACCACCAAUCGAGUUCUUACACAGGCUUCCAGUUGAGAUACACAGAGCGGGAGCAACCUUGCGAGAGAUGAAACUCCGGUGCUCUGCGCCCUGUAGCUACGCCAAUCUCUCCAUGUCUCCCUCUGAGCGAGGUUCACUCGUGGAAUCGCUUCGGACCUUGCAAACGCUCAAUAUUGAAGCAGCGAAAGAAGCCAUGACGGGAUGGUUCUUCGACCAUCAAGAGGAUGCGAUGGAUUUAGUAUCAGACUUCCUCUCAGCGCUUCUCGAGCCUUCUGGUCUUGAGAAUCUCACGAUUAAUUCUUUUAAUUUACGCAGUUUAAAUGAACUCCUCGCCGGAGCACAUAACAAGUGUUUGAAACGGCUAUAUUUGGUCGGAGCUAGGUUAAAAGCGGGUAAACUUGGACAAUACCUGACCCGUGUCCAAGGUCCGUGUGAUGUUGUCUUGGAACAUGUGGAAAUACUUGGUGGGAGAUGGGCAGACGAAGCUGAUGAACUGCGGGGUCUUUCAAGAGCCUCGACUACAGUUGUCCAGCCCUUUGGCGACGAGUUUCGUCGCGGGCGGUCUACAAACGUGUGCAGUGCUGAGGAGGAGAGGAUGCUUAAUAAUUACCUCCAAAGAGCAAGUUCUGUCAAUCCUCUCAGAAAUAGGAACAUCUAG